UGUGAUGUAUAUCCUAUGUUUUGUCUAUCCGUAUUAUGUUUAUGGCGUGAUAAGAGACAGGCGCUAAUUCUUGGAUCGUUUUGUCUCAACUCUUCUUCGCCGUUUUGUAAGCCGUUUCUCGGACUCUGUUGUUCAAGAGAAUCUCGAGUAAGGUCAUUUGGAAAUUCGUUACAAUGUCAGUCACUGCCAAACGAGAGGAAUUUCGCAAGUAUCUGGAGAGAUCUGGUGUCAUGGAUGCUCUCACAAAAAUACUUGUCUUACUGUACGAUGAGACUGAGAAGCCAUCUGAUGCCUUAGAAUAUAUACGUAAGAAUCUUGGCGGUAUUGUGGACAAUACUUCGGAAAUUGAUAGUCUGAAGAAAGAAUUAGAGGAAUCCAAAGCUAAAAUUGCCGAAUUACAAUCAAAAUUAGCAAAGUAUGAACUAACAGAUGAAGCGAAAGCCGAGUAAUCAUUAUGGAUACAUAUCUUUGAUUAAAGUUCACGCUAGUCUUUUUUUUUUUGGACAAUGACUUCUCUAAAGUCAGUCUA